GCUCAAGACAGCCGUCGGGCGGGAAGCGGCUAUCCGCAGCAGGCGAUGCCCUAUCAGCAGCAGCAGGGCCUGACGCCGACGCUGGUAUUAGCCGUGCUGUCGUCCGCCGUGGGAUCCGCUUUCCAGCAUGGCUACCACCUGGGAGUUGUCAACUCACCACAGGAGGUGCUGGAGACGUUCAUCAACGAAACGCUGGCGGAGCGCUACGGCGAGCCGACCCCGCGCAGCGCGGUGACGCUGGUGUUCAGCGUGUUCGUGGCCGUGUUCUGCGUGGGCGGCAUGCUCGGAGGCCUGCUCACGGCCGUGGUGGCCGACCGGUUCGGCCGCAAGGGCGGCCUCAUGCUCAACAGCGGCCUGGUGUUCGCCGCUGCCGCGCUGCUCACGCUGGCCAGGGGAGCCGCCUCGUGCGAGCUGCUCGUCGUGGGACGACUGGUCGCCGGCGUCAACGCCGGCCUCACAGCGGGGCUGGCUCCCAUGUACCUGACCGAGAUAUCACCGGUGCGCUACCGGGGCGCGGCUGGCACAAUAUACCAGCUGGUGCUCACGCUAUCCAUCCUGCUGGCACAGCUGCUCGGCAUCCCGCAGAUCCUGGGAAACGACGAGCUGUGGCCGUAUUUAUUCGCGCUCACUGUGGUGCCAUCGGUGCUGAUGGUAGUGUCGCUGCCUUUCUGCCCGGAGUCGCCCAAGUACCUGCUUCUUGUGAGGGGGAGGCCCAAGCAAGCUGAGGAGGCUCUUGUCCGGCUCCGUGGUACACGUGACGUGGACAAGGAGAUGGCAGUCAUGAAGAACGAAGCCGAAGCUGCCGAAUUCGUGCCAAAGGUGACUCUGCCAGAGAUGAUUCGCAACGCAUCACUUCGAGCGCCACUUAUCGUCUCCUUAAUGGUCAUGCUGGCACAGCAGCUGUCCGGCAUAAACGCGGCCAUCUUCUUCUCGACGGACAUAUUCAAGACGGCCGGUCUGUCUGUUGAAGGAGCUCUGCGUGCUACGCUCGGCCUAGGCCUCGUCAACGUCCUCAUGACGCUGGUCUCCAUGGUCGUCGUGGAGCGUGCGGGCCGCCGGACACUGCUGCUCACUGGCCUCGCUGGCAUGGCGAUAUGCACCGUCGUGCUCACCAUCACGCUAGCACUCAAGGACCAUGCUACGUGGGUGUCCUACAUCAGUAUUGCGGGUCUUGCCAUGUUCGUCAUCACAUUUGCUGUUGGUCCAGGCUCCAUACCAUGGUUUCUGGUGACGGAGCUGUUCGGCCAGGGCGCCCGCCCUAUAGCCACCAGCCUGGCGGUAGCCGUCAACUGGGCGGCCAAUUUCAUUGUGGGACUCGCCUUCCUUCCUCUCAUGGAAGAGAUUCAGCACUACACUUUCCUGAUCUUCACGAUGGUGCUGGUGUUCUUCUGGGUCUUCAUCUACAAGAAGUUGCCGGAGACGAAGAACAAGAGCAUCGAGGCCAUCACUAAGGUAUUCAGGGCACGAGUAUACCAGGAGGACGUGGCCUUGAAUAAACUCAAUGGACGAGCAUGACCGGAGCCUGGCUAAGUGGCUUCUGCAGGCUGACACACAAGUCGUCACAAGAGCCUUCGAGCGAGGCCCGAGUGCAGGGACGUGCCGCAGCACCUAGAGGUGUCCACUCAUCUGCAUCGGAAAGGCAGCGAUGAAGAAGGAAAACCAGUUCUAAUGGCGCUGUCACGCUGGAAUGAUAAGACUUCGUAGGAGAGUCCCCACCAUGUCCAUUGUCGCUUGGCACGUAGCUUUACUAACUCGAGGGUGCGGGUUUGAUUACCGGCCAAGAAGGCCGCAUUUCAAUGGGGGUGAAAUGCAAUGAAAACCCGUGUGUUUAGAUCAGGCGCACGUUGAAGAAUCCCAGGUCAUCAAAAUUCAUUCCGAGCCCCAUCUACGGCACAUCCCAUAAUCAUGCAAGGGCUUUGGCUGCUCGUAGACCAACACUAAUUUUUAUUCCCACUUUUCAUUGCGAAGAACGACCGGUAGACUGGUCAGAUAAUACCCACCGCGAAAAACGACCAGUAGACUGGUCAGAAAUGCCGCUCGACCAUCUUUUCACAAUUGAUUUAUACUAACCCUGACAUAACCACCGAACAAACUUCACUCCGAAGAUGAUAUGAAAGCGAUAGUAUCCGUAGAACGCCAGUAGACCAAUUAACUGCUUGCCGAACUCUUGGACGCAGGUUCAAAAUUUUUUACACGCUUUCAUUAGUGCACGCAGGUCGAAUUUCCUGAACGGGAGUGUCACGAUAGCUCUCUUUCUUUAGCAACAACAUUUCAAGCCCCUUGGCUCGAUCGACGCGCGCACGCAUGCCAUAUUGUAAAACGGAGUAUGGAGGGCCAACAAUCCGCUAGGGGCGUGACAGAUUGCAAUUGGGUUUGAAUGCUUGGCUAGUACGGCGCAUCCGGCUUUGUUACGUGACCCACAUCGCAUUACGUCUACUCAACAUUCCUGUAUAUACAUCCUCGCUUUCAUUUCUCCCAUAGCCGGUCACAGUGCAAGUUGCCAAAGUCUAUCCACAGUGAGCACGCUUCGACGUGAUCUAAAUUUAGAAUCUUGGGUUACACUGGGAAAACGAGUUCAUUCACCAUUCAUUUAAGUUACAUCUGACGGGAUUGAGGCCAAAUAUUUGUUUUUACUGACAUCCCUACAAUAUGUUGCCUACAAGGACAACAACGAAAAAAGGGCACUCGGUCCACUAAGGUCCAGUAUGACAGCGCCAUUGCAAAGUACAGGGCCUUGCCGAGACAGGGUCUGCAGUCGCUUUUCCUGGGUUACGCAUCUUCGGAGCGUCUGGGCGGAAGGGCCCGGCCGUUACUUAUCACCUGAGCAAUCAGCGGGAGUUGGACGCUUCUGGCUCAUCGUCGAUCGACACAUGGUCAUCGAGAAAAACCACGUGGUCAACUUUCGAUACAUCUGUGUCCUUAACCUUGACCAGGACGUUACUUGACAGUGUUGUGAUAGUUUUCUGGACCACAUUGUGCGAGCGUGUGUGUGCGUUUAUAUUACAUCACUCACGACGAGUCGCCAUGUAUUUAUGUACGUCAAAAAUUGCAGCGCACUUGAAAACGGCUAGAACAUACAUAUAGUCACCUAUGGUAUAAUCUAAGUGUGUUCCCGACGCGAUGCUCUGGGUGACACUUUAUGUACCUAUGAAACGUGUGUAAAUUUUCGGGCAGGCUUUUCACUCCGAAUUACGAAAUAGGUCAUUGGAAAGACAACUUAAUUAGAGUACAGAACCAUAUCGUUCAUUUUUUUAUUCGGGGGGGGGGGGGUGGAAGCUACAUUCUAAAAUACUUCGACAUAUUUGUGGGAUACUGCCGCUUGAGCACAAUCUUGCCCCUGGUGCUUUAGUAUGGAAAGGAAAAACACUUUUUUCGGAACAGAAUAAAACAACCUUGAUCGUACGUUUGUAGUUGAAAAAUAAAAACACUAGCUGAAAAUACUUGGUGUCUAGAUAAUAAAACCUGCAGUGCUUGUACGAAUCACUGUUAUUAUUAUUAUUAUUUUCAAGUUUAGGCCGUUCAUUCAAGUGCGCUGCUCUUUAAGUGGAGUAGAAAUAAAAGUACUUUUGCUACUUUUUGUUCCACUUCAGCAGCUAUUGAAAUUUGCAACUUCAAUAUUUCUUUUUGUGUUCAGCAUUGUCUACUUCAAUUUAAUCUAAACGCAGCAGUAUUGUCUCUAAUUAGGAUACUAGUUUUUUGUGUACACAGUGUUUAUGAUGAUGUGUUGCGACACAAGUGUGCCACAAAAAUAGCUGCCACUUUGCUUGAAAUCAGGAAAAUGGGCGAAAAUUGCAAUUCGCUUGAGAAUAAUGCCGCAUUCUAGUGCAUAAGAUUAAUCAUGACUUCUACCACUCAUUAACAGCAACUCAGUAGUUUUGUGUUAUUGUGAAGUGCGUGGCAAUUCAUUUCUUCAUGAUUCGCAUUUCAUUACACUUCAUUUUUCUUCUGAGAUGCGGAGAAAAAACGGCUGAGUUCGAAGUUCUGUCGUUAUUUGGCGUUUCCAACCUGCUUAUAUACUUAUAGCUGUUGUAUUAUUUUUAUGACGUAUGUAAGAUGAGAGCUUUUAAAACUACUCAUCUCUCAUUUACAAGUCUUAUGCCUCUUUUGGUACAUAGUAAUAUUCAGAGUCUAACAUGGGGUGAUUCAUUGUGCUACACCUUCAGUCUCACCUUCCUGUGUAAUUGAAAUAAGUUUGCUAGCUUAUAAACAUUGUAUUCUUUGGUGGGAUGAUAUUGAAAGAAAUACAGCAAUAAGGAAACAGUGACAACAGGUUUUUUUAUACCACUAAGCGAAACGCUUCUGCCCCUGCUGGCAACGAAGAUAAAAAAAGGCGUACGUUACAAAAUGUGUAUCAGAGAAAUACUUUAAAUGCAUAGGCUUUUUUUACGCGUUUAACCUGAGGUGUUCUUGAGCGAGCAUGUUGUGUCCACAAACUAACCUUCUGUGCAAAGAAUUUUUAAGAACACUAGACCUUUUUGCCACAGCGCAAUCAACAUUCUUAUGCAGAACAACUAUGGUAAGAGUCACUUCACUGGACGGGACGUUUUGUGCAAGAAACAGUAAUUGGCUACAAAAUUGAUGGCAUGAGUGACGUGCCGAUAACUGGCAUGUUAAUGUGCAGAUGCGCUUGUGUUUUUUGUAUAUUUUUUUUUCUUCCUUUAAGUGAGUCACCGAAAUGCGUGAAUGUUGUGCAGGGGUAAGAAGUACAAAGAAGUGCCUCAGCUGGCUUAGGCCGCUGGCAUAUUUCAACUAUUUUUGUACAAUAACUGAUAAGGAAAAUAAACAUGUGUAUCAAAGCAA